GGUACAGAGGUCAAAAGUUCCCAAGUUGGGCAAUGAUGGGUAAUUUGUGCAGUACUCUUCCAAAUCUUGUUCAUGUUACACUUCUACGUUGUGGAAGAUGUCAGCAAGUGCCUUGUUUCAGUCAACUCCCUUUCUUGAAGCGCCUCACCCUUGUAUCUUUGCAAAGUGUGGAAUACAUGGAAAACAGUGAACCCAUUCUUUCCUUGUCCUCCAAAUCACCAAUAAUGAGUAGUACGCUAUUCUUCCCAUCUCUUCAAGAACUUACGCUGAUCUAUAUGGAUAAUUUAAAAGGAUGGUGGAAAGUAGGAGAAAAUGCUGAUAUUAGUACAAUAGAAUCAUCAUAUGAUCGAUUACUCAUACAACGCCUUCAAUCCAUGUCAUUUUCCAAUCUAACAAAAUUGAGGUUGGAUGAAUGUCCAAAGCUGAUAUCUCUGCCAGAAUGUCCUAAUGUGGAGGAAUUAACACUAGUGGACACCAACGAGACCAUCUCAGUGAUAAAGAUGGCAACAGCUUCACCAUCAACCUCAAAAUUAGCGUCUGGUUCAAAGUUGAAAAGGUUUACUGUCAGUAACUUGGAAGACCUCAUUUCUCUCCCAAGAGAAUGUCUGCACCAACUUUCUUCACUAGAUGUCUGGGAUAAGAAGCUGGUGAACACUGAGGAAAUAGGAAAGCAAGUCUUCAUGAGUAUGUCUUCUUCUCUCCGUUCUUUGAGUUUCACUCAUUGCCAUAGCUUGAGAUUUUUCGCUCAAGGCCUAGAACAUUUGACAGCGAUAGAGGGGUUGGUGCUUUGGAAUUGUGAACAGCUUCAUCUAUCAGCAGAUGAACAUAUACCAUGGAAAUACUUCAAAAGUCUUCGUUCUUUACAAUUUCAUAUGAUCCCUAAGCUGUUGGUCCUUCCUAGUGGCCUUCAACACUUGACAAACCUCCGUUCUCUUGAAAUAACUAACAAUGAUGAGCUUAUGGAACUGCCAGAAUGGAUCAGCUGUUUCUCAUCUCUUGCAUACAUGUAUUUGCGUUAUUGUCCUAAGCUGACAUCUCUGCCAGAAGCCUUCUGCAAUCUCACUGCCCUAAAUCAACUCAAGAUCAUUAAAUGUCCAGGAUUGACAGGUGGAUGCCAAGGUCCGAAGGGUAGCGAAUGGCCCAAGAUUCAGCAUAUUCCUCUGGUUCAAGUUUUAAAGGAUUAUGGGGGAUGACGAGGCUAUGAAAGAUAUCAAAUUUACAGUAUGCAUCAUUUAGUUCUAUUGUAAUACAAGUAACUGAUAAGCAUGUAAAUGUUAAUGGUUCUUGUAGCAGUUGAGCAUGGUUAUUUAACUUAAUAAACAUGUAAAAGUUAAUGAAAAACGAUUGAUGGUAAUUGAGACACCAACUGAAUAUUCGCUCUUUUUCAACCACUUUGUUAA